AUCUCCAACCAAUAGAGAAGAAUCCCAGUGCAAGAUAUGGCUGUUCUGACAUCUAUUUUGUAGCAUAUCUCAGACCUGUUGAAGGAACGGAAAUCAAAAUAUGCCAUCGUGAGCUCAAAAGUGCCUGUUGGAUGCCGGUGGCGUCGGCAUAGACGAUUUCGUAAAGUUCCGUCAACAAUGGCUGAUCGUUUGACACAGCUUCAAGACGCGAUUAAUGCGCAAGCAGAUAAUUUUUGCAAUGCUAUCGGUAUCUUACAACAAACCGCCCCACCGGCUACUUUCCCGGGCUUCGAUCGCGCAGGCAAUCGAACCCCUCAACAACAACAAGAAGACCACGCUUCCCUUUUUGCCACGCUAAUUGCUCGCUGUGCAAAAGACAUUGAUGUCCUUAUCGACUCGUUACCCAGCGAAGACUCAACCACAGAGCUUCAAAUCGCAAGUCUCAGAAGAUUGGAGGAAGGCAACGAGGAUGCUGCUGCACGACUGAGGGAGGUUGUGAGUGAGGGAGAGCUAAUGCUAGAGAAGAUCCAGAAUGCCCUACAUGACAUUGCACAGACCCAACUAGCAAUGCAGAGUACAAGCCCAAGCACGUAACUGAUAAUUUCUUUAUUCCUUGUAUCCUAAUUUUGAUAAUGAAAGAAAGGAGUGAAACAAAAUAAGUUCCUUACAAGAUUUAGCAUUUCACGACUACCUAAGUUUAAGGCUCUUGAAAUAUUCAGUGUAAAAUUCUUAAACAUGUUACACACAGGUGAGGGAAGUCAUUUCAGGAAGGAAGGAAGAUGGGGUGACAGAUUGUAAAAAGAGACUCUUGAAAAGGAUUCCAAACUUUAUUUACUUUUUUUGUCUUCAUUCUGAAGAAGAAGAAGAAAAAAGAAAAGUUUUUUUUUCCUUCUUAAAAUGGAGAAGAUGGGGGGAGUUGUCUGUUGAAGAAAGAACACGCAGACCAUUUGUUUAGGAAUGGCGUGCAACAAAAAAAAAAGACGAAACGAGAGGGGGGAGCGGGAGAAAGAAAAACGAUAGAAUGUUGUUUAGCUUUUAAAAGAAAGAGAGAAAAAAAAAUCUCCCGUGUGUAUAAAUAUGGUGCUGCCAUCUUCACGAUCCCUUUCGGCAAUCUCUUAACUCCAUUCCAGUCGUCGUAAGAUGAAAGGGGUUGGCAAUGAAGGGGGGGGGUAAUACAGAGAAGAAGAAGAAGAAAAAAGAGUGGGUGGCGUGAAGUCACCCCACUUCCUUUUUUUUUCUUCUCCCCACCAUUUUAACCCUUUACCAACGCAACAACGAAAGCAUCAGUUGAAUAUCGGGAAACAUUAUUUUUUUUUCUUACCUUUCGGGAAUAGACAAAAUCUAGAUUUUUUUCCACUCCCUUUUUUCCGUCGGCAAUCGAAAUCAUUUGACCAACUGUUACGGAAAAAAAAAAAUCUGAAUAUCAUUUUAAAGAAUUUAUUAUUAUUGUAAAAAUCCAGCAGUCUUAUUAUUUGUUGGAAGAGUUGAAGCGCCGCAUACCGCUCCGGGGCCAUCCAGCAGCAACUGUCUGCAUCCCUCCUUUUAUUCUUUCUUAAAAAAAAAAAAAAAAAAUGUUUUAGUGUAUUUAUUUAUUUAUUUUUUUUUUAUUUUAAAGAAAACAAAAAAUAAUAAAAGGAAAGGAUAGAAAGGGGGGAGUGCUGCUCUAAGCUCGCAAAGGUUCCUCACUACUUUUUUUUUUCUACUCUCUUAAACGAGUUCUUCGGGCUGUGUGCAACGUCUGGUUCCCCCCUUCCACCCAACCCCUCCUCCUCCCCCCACUGAGAUUCUUAACACAUACGAGACUUUUAUGUUAAUUCUGUUCCUCUUUUCUUUUUCUUUUUUUUUUUCUUCUUCUCGUCUUCCCGAUAUUUUCUUAUAACAUUUUCGACCGAAAUAAUAAAUACUCCAGUGUCUGCGUCUGCUGUUGUGUUGGUUAUCAAAAAAGCCAGUCGAGGAGGUUUUAUUUUAUUCCGGACGUGAAUUUUCGGGAACCCGGUUGCGCUUCGGCUGUAAAAAAUAAAACCACUUCCUGGAACUAUACAGAGCCCUCCCUUUUUUUUUUUUUAUUUAAGUAAUCUCGUUUUUUCUUUCCCUCAUUCUUUUCUUUUUAAUUUAUUUAUUUUCUUCAUUAGUUUUUUAAAAAAUUCCCUCCUGAUUGAUUAUUGUUUUCCGAUUUUUUUGCGCACGCGUUUGUUGAUAUUCGUGUUGGUUCUAGUUCUACACGCGUCUACGCUUUAUUACUAUUUAAAAUAAAGCAAAGUACAUUGUA